AUGUCCCCUGCCCAGAAAACACGCAGAGAACUCCCCUAUAACAGACGCUACGUAUCGCAUCUCAUCGUACUCCCGUGUCCUGUAGGAGUUUCUCUCAUGAGUGUAUUUAACACCAUCGUGAGCCCAACAUUGGGAGUUCUCGAGAUAGCUGGUGCCGCAUCUGGUGUCCCGUACGCCCAGGGGGCUGGGAUGGCACUCCAGGCCAUCAACACUGCUUGCAACCAAGUGGCCAUCCACAAGCGCAAGUCUGCCCAACUUGCUCACCGAUGUACUUCGUUGCUGAACUUGAUCAGUGAUCACGCAGUUGGACCUGCUGGCGAUGAGAUGCGAUCCUCCUUAGAAGAUGCUGAGUUCGUCCUUUAUGCUGUACGAGACCGCAUACAAAAAUGGUCACAAUAUAGUAAAGUCAAAAGCUUCUUCAAGAGAUCUCAAAUAGAAAACGACCUGGAUAGGUGCCAGAACGAUGUGAACGCAGCUAUGGAGCGCCUGCACGUCAAAAAUCCCCUAUCUGUCAUGAUCAUGCAGAAAACAAUCUAUGGACCUCAUGAAAACGAAUCAAGAUCGCAUGGAGGAAAAGCUGGCACAGCUGAUGAUAUCCCCACAGCAGGUGUUGGACGCAGUCCAACGGCACAACGCUGGGGGAGGCAAGUUCUGGUGGCGCUUGAUGUUUUUCUUUCUUGGAUCCUCAUUAUCCCUUUACAGCGCUUGAUACAACUGUGCUUGCAAUCACCGCGUGAAAACUCCCAGUCACCGGACCGAAUGUUAUUUGGGGGACCAAUAGUUGAAUCCCCAUCAUCCUCCCGUUCUUCCUCACUGGAGGUAACGGUGCAAACUCAGAUUCAAAGUGCCUUAACAGAUUUACGCCGCCUGACAAACGUACCUCCGACACUCAAAGUCUUGAACAAUCAGGUCAAAAAGGUCGGCGGCUCUACUCCAAUAUGCUCUGGAACGUACAGCGACAUCUGGCUAGGAGAAAUGUUAGGAGAGAAAGCAAGCCGGUCCUUGAAGAUUAUCACCGACCCUACGAAAGCCAGAAGAAUGACCAAGCGCUAUGAGCACGAAAUGAAUGUGUGGGAAAAGCUUAAACACGACAACAUUCUGACAAUUUACGGUGUCAUCACCAACUUGGGACCUAUUCACAUCGUGUCGACGUGGCAAGAAAAUGGCAAUGUAUUAGAAUAUCGCACCAAGAACCCCGACAUCAACCCUCUAACUUUGGCAACCGCAAAGGGCAUCGAGUAUCUUCAUGGAAGCAACAUUGUUCAUGGGAAUCUGAAAUGUAAUAAUAUGCUGGUUUCCUCCGAAGGUGUAGUAUGCAUUGGUGACUUCGGACAUACUCAGGUCCUAGACGAAGUGCUCGGGAGGGAGGGAUUCACUGCUUAUACUGGGUCCUCCAACGUGCGUUGGAAUGCUCCGGAACUCCUGGGUGGCGACGAUGUCAAGCCCACCAAAGCCAGCGACGUCUUCGCGUUCGGAAUGUCUAUCCUGGAGCUUGUAACCAAGCAGGCACCCUAUUCGCACAGAAAACGUGAUCUCACUGUUAUCAUGGACAUCAACGAUGGACGUCUACCUCUUCGCCCAACUGAGCCGGAAGAUGUCUCGCGGUGGAUGCAUGACAAACUAUGGGAACUUUUGAAUAGGUGUUGGUAUUUCAUGGCUCAGGAGCGGAUAAAUAUUGGAGAAGUCACAAUCUGUCUUGAUGGACUCGCUGAGUACAUUGGGAAUCAUCCAAAUUGGCAGACGGAAGAGGCCGAUGUUGAGAUCGUUCAAUGA